CUCGCGGUCACCUUAGCCAUGAUCGGGAAAAUGAUGAUCACGUCGGCCUUCCAGAUCAUAGUCCUUUACUGCUCCGAACUCUUCCCGACGGAGGUCAGGACUCGAGGGGUCAGCACGGCCUUCAUGAUGUCCCGCCUCGGAUCCACCUGCUCCCCCUUUAUCACGGAGUAUCUUGGCGCGGCGUACCCCUGGGCGCCCUCAGUGGUGUUCGGGGUGUCGUCCAUCGUCGCGGGCAUGGCAACACUGGCGCUGCCCGAGACGCUGGGCGUGGCGCUGCCUGACACCAUCGCCCACCUGGAGGAGAGGGCGGCGCUGGGCACGAAGAGAAUGUUCCUUCGGAUGCUGACACGCGAGUACAACGCCGGCCUCCGCUUCAGCCCCGCCCUCACACGGCCUCCUCAGCUAACCCUCAGGGAAACGUCCUCCUUCAUCCUCCAAGAGCAGCAGGAGAAUCAUCCCCAGCAGGAGCGGGAGGACGCGGCUCCAGAGGAAGAGCCCCGAGAGCAAGGUUCUUACAGGCACGCGGAGCCGACGAAAGACGAGGCUUCUGAAGCUUCACGAGGCGAGUUCACUGAACCCCCGACGCGCCAUGAAGCAGAGAAGCCGAGCAUUCGACCGUGUAUCGAACCGUCGCGAUUCAUGUGGCUCGAACCCAUGGCAUCUUCCAAUACGAGGAGCGGAGAUUUCGGCGGGAAAUGAAAAUGCACAAUUUUAUUUCUUUUUUGUAUUGUCUGUUUUGUUCUUUGAGGUAGUGAACUGGAGAUGAAGUGAAGGUUAGGAAUGUAG